UUAAUAUUGUUCUCAAAACUCUUAGAAUAAAUGAAACUAAACAAAUAAAAUGGAAGCUGGAUCUGUUGCAAUAAGGGCAUUACAUUUAGAAAUCAAAAGUAUUCGAAAAGAUCCAAUAGAAGGUGUAGUUGUUGAUGUUGACGACGAAAGUAAUUUAUUUGAAUGGAAUAUUGGUGUUUUUGGACCUCCUAAAACAUUGUAUGAAGGUGGCUAUUUCAAGGCUAAAAUGACAUUUCCUCAAGAUUACCCUUAUAGUCCUCCAUCAUUUAAAUUUUCUACAAAAAUGUGGCAUCCUAAUAUAUAUGAGACUGGAGAUGUUUGUAUAUCAAUUCUUCACCCUCCAACAAAUGACCCUCGUAGUGGAGAACUUCCACAAGAGAGAUGGAAUCCUACACAAAAUGUCAGGACAAUUUUGCUUAGUGUUAUCUCUCUUCUAAAUGAACCUAACACUUCAUCUCCAGCUAAUGUUGAUGCAUCUGUCAUGUUCAAGAAGUAUCAGCUAUCAGGCGAUAAAGAAUACCAAACAAUUAUAAGCAAACAAGUUUUAAACAGUCGUCUUGAAGCAGAGAAAGAAGGAAUUCAUAUUCCGUCUUCAAUUGAAGAAUAUUGUAUCAAACAUAAGCCACAUAGUCAAUCUGAUAGUAACAUUGACAUAUGUGAUGACUGGUAUGAUGAUGAUGAUGACUAUUUAGAACAGGAUGAUGAAGAAGAGUGCUUUGAUAAUGAUGAUUCUGGUAAUGAAGAUCAGUAAUGAAUAUGGAGAUGAUUCAAAAGCAUUAACAAUAAAAAAACAUUUGAAGUAAAAGAUCCUAAGAAUUCAUAACACAUACAUCGAGGAUGCUACCCUUUUAAUGUAAAAUAAGAAUAAGUUAUUAAUUGUUACUUUACCAGAACCUUGUUAUGCAAUUUUAAUGUAAUCCUUAUAUAUGUAUUAUGUAAAAAAUAUUAUUUUAUAAACAUUCUGCCAACUGGUGUUUUUAUAAA